AUGUACAACUACUACGAGGAGGAGGAUUUUGAAGCAAGAUGGUUAGACGUCGUCGAAACCCAACAACUAACACAUAAUGAAUGGUGCCAAACAACAUUCGACACAAGAAAACAGUGGGCAGAAACUUAUUUAAAGGGUUCAUUCGUUGCAGGAAUGAGAACCACACAACGUUGCGAAUCGAUCAACUCAGCCCUAAAAAAAAUUUUAGAGAAGAAUUAUUGCUUGCGUGAAUUUGUAACAACCAUAGAUAUGACAGUCUCAAAGCUCAGACACAACGAGACUGCAAAUGACUUCAAAAGCAGAUGCACUCGACCUCACCCACCUAAUCCUACAUGCUUGACCACGUACUACAACCAAUGUGCUGAAUUCUACACAAGAACUAUGUACCACAAGGUUGCAGAGCAGCUUGAUUUAGAGAAUAAUUAUUUUGUCAUAAGUCAGGAGCAAGAAGGAGAGUGGCAGAUAUACACCAUUGGAAAGUUUCAGCAUCCGGAACUCCGAUGCCGAGUUCAUUACUGUGAAGGCCAACGAGCACUACACUGUAGCUGCAUGCUAUAUGAAAGUCAGGGGUACCCUUGUAGACAUUUAUGGGCUACAAUGAAAAGAUUAAACAUCAGAAGAAUACCUAAUACUCUUCUCAUGAAGCGAUGGAGCAAAUCCGCGAAGACAAAUCUCCACCUACAUUUUAACCCCCCGGCACAAGAACAACAACACAUUUAUGAGAUGGCUAGGUUUGGAUCUCUCAGCUCAUUAACUUAUAACUUCACUUUCUAUGCAGCAAAAACAGAGGAUUCGUACACGCGUGCAAAGGAAGAGAUUGAACGGCUAACUCUAAUGUUCAAGGAAGAAUUUGAGAUGAGUUCCAAUCCAGAAGGACAGACGCCACAACCUGGAAGAUAUCGUAACAACCCCAACAUUAUUAAAGACCCUGAAGUUGUGAGAACAAAGGGUACGGGAAAUCCAAGGGAAGGACCAAACGGGGAGCAGAUCCCAAGAAACUCAAGACAUUGUCGCAUUUGUCGCUCAUCAGGCCAUGAUUAUCGGCGGUGCCCAAACCGUCAACAGAAUACUGGAUCUCAGGGGCAACAGUCAGCACACAAUCAACCAACAACUGACUCAUUCAAUGAACACUCCAACGCGUAUUUCCCUGAACCGCCUUCCUCCACACAAGAAUCAUACUAUGGUCAUUCAUAUAUAUAA